AUGGAUUGGACGCUCCAGCGGAUGAGAAUCUUCUUUCUUCUCUUCGUAAUUCUCAGUGGUUUUAGGUUUUUGGAGAGUGCUUCCAUCUCCAGACAGAAGCAACUGAUGAAAGUUGCAAAGAAACUCAUUCCUCGCAAGAUCAAGAAGCUGGCAGUGAAAAGCAUUCUGAGUGAAGAUGGGGACGUGAUCGACUGCAUUGACAUUUACCGGCAGCCGGCCUUCCACCACCGUGUACUGAGGAACCACACCAUUCAGAUGGUCCCAAGUUUCACUGAUCCAACCACAGCUGGGGAAAUGGAGGCAUCGACAGAGCAGAAGAAGAGAGAGUCUGCGGUUACUGUGACAUCUCAGCUCUGGCAGAGAAGUGGACGCUGUCCCAAAGGCACGAUCCCGAUCCGAAGAACACCACGAAAGGAGCGCAUGUUUCAAUCAAAUGCGAGAAUGAACCCUAGAUUCUCGAAACGCUAUGAAAAUUCAGAUAUGCAACUGCAACUGAAAAAUCAUUCGUUGGCGAUGUUGAUAACAGCAGGCUACAGAUAUUUGGGAGCCAAGGGAGACAUAAAAGUUUGGAAUCCUUUCGUUGAAUCGGACGACGAUUACAGCACCUCUCGAGUUGCUUUGAAAAGUGGCCCCUUCAGGAACUACGAGGCCGUUGAAUCUGGAUGGGCGGUAAAUCCAAGAGUAUAUGGCGACAGGCAGACGCGAUUAUACGUGUAUUGGACUACAGAUUCUGGAAAGAAAACAGGGUGUUUCGAUCUUACCUGUCCUGGUUUUGUUCAAACCAGCAGUGAGAUUGCUCUUGGCGCUGCAAUCUAUCCAAUCUCAGUUCCUCAAGGGCUUCCAUAUCAAAUCACUCUAUACGUUUUCAAGGAUCCAAGGACAAACAACUGGUGGGUGCAGUAUGGGGAGAGGAUCAACAUAGGGUACUGGCCACCGGAUCUGUUUGGUAUGCUGAGUUAUCAUGCUGAGACCGUGCAAUGGGGAGGAGAAGUUUACAGCCCAAGAGCAGGGAUGCAUCCCCACACUGCAACAGCCAUGGGCAAUGGGAACUUCCCGGACUAUAUCUUUGGCAAUUCUGGAUGGGUGAAGAGGAUGAGAGUGAAGCAAAAUGCUCCCGGCUUGAGGUUUCCAGAUUGGGUUGACACUUUUGCAGAUGAAUAUGAUUGCUAUGGUGUUUGGUACGUUGGGGAUUAUGUUGAUGAUCCUGAGUUUUACUUUGGCGGGCCUGGCAGAAGUUACAGGUGUCCUUGACAGAGGCCUUCACUAGAAUGGCUAGCUUAGCUACACUGAAUGUGUCUUUCUUUUCUGGUUUUUU